UUGUUUUUUGCGCGUUGCCCAGAGCGGAUGUGUUGUGUGUGCGUUUAGCGGCGAGAGACCGAAACGAAGUUCGAGUUCAAGAAUCCAACGACGAGUAACGAGUAUUGAAAACGUUUGAAAAUAUUUCAAGAGAAGACGAACGGAAAGACCGUAUCGAAAAGUGAAUCGGUUCACGGUUCAGUUUUGAGUUUUGAGUUUUGAGUUUUGUUUUUUGCGGAAAUACAAUAGCCGGAAAAUGACAGCGAGCAAUUAGUGCAGUUUCUCGUCCAGAUCCAGAGCCAGAGCCAGACAUAAAGAGACAAAAGUAGAGACAAAAGGAUUGGCUCACUGGCGCAAUAAUAAAUAAUAAACAACGACACAUCCAGAGCUGACGAAAACGCCCACAGCGGAAUAACGCAGUGGAAACAACGACGACGACAGCAGCAGCAGCAGCUACAGCAACAUACAACAAAAGCAACAAAAAGCUAAUUAAUUAAUUUUGAUAUAAAGUUCAAAGUGCGCACCACCGCCCACCCCAGCACGAGUGCAAGUGGAAAUUUUAUACAUGACAAUUAGAAGGAGAAUAACAACGACUACCAACACCAACACCAACACCAACACCAACAGCAACAAAAUGUCCAACUGCCAAAGUUCAGUGUUCAUUGCCGUAGGCACCCUGCUGUCCAUUUUGGCGGCAGUGCAGGCGGCACCCGUUUCCACCACCACACAGGCAGAGAUGUAUCUCUCGCAGUUCGGCUAUCUGCCCGCCUCAGCUCGCAAUCCUGCCAACAGUGGACUCCAGGACAAGUCAACGUGGCUGAAUGCCAUACAGGAGUUUCAGAACUUUGCCGGCCUCAACAUUACCGGCGAGCUGGAUGAUGAGACCCUCAAGUUGAUGUCCCUGCCCCGUUGCGGAGUGAGGGAUCGUGUGGGCACCGGCGACAGUCGCUCGAAGCGUUAUGCGCUGCAGGGCAGUCGCUGGCGGGUCAAGAACCUCACCUACAAGGUGUCCAAGUACCCCAAGCGAUUGAAGCGCGUGGAUGUCGACGCUGAGAUUGGACGCGCCUUUGCCGUGUGGUCCGAGGACACCGAUCUAACCUUUACGAAGAAGACCACCGGCCCCGUGCACAUCGAAAUCAAGUUCGUGGAGAGCGAGCAUGGCGAUGGCGAUGCCUUCGAUGGACAGGGCGGCACCUUGGCCCACGCCUUCUUCCCCGUUUUCGGCGGAGAUGCGCACUUCGACGACGCCGAGCUGUGGACCAUUGGCUCGCCACGCGGCACCAAUCUGUUCCAGGUGGCAGCCCACGAGUUUGGCCACUCCCUCGGCCUGUCGCACUCCGACCAGAGCUCGGCUCUGAUGGCGCCCUUCUAUCGCGGCUUUGAGCCCGUCUUCAGGCUGGACGAUGACGACAAGGCGGCCAUCCAGUCGCUGUAUGGCAAGAAGACCAGCCAGCCGAAGCCCUCGAAUGCCUAUCCAGUGACCAGCACGCUGCGUCCCUCGUACACACCACCGAAGGUGCCGCUGGACGACAGCAUCUGCAAGGACUCCAAGAUCGAUACGCUCUUCAAUUCGGCACAGGGCGAGACGUACGCCUUCAAGGGCGACAAGUUCUACAAGCUGACCACGGACUCCGUGGAGGAGGGCUAUCCCCAGCUCAUCUCGAAGGGCUGGCCAGGACUGCCGGGCAACAUCGAUGCGGCGUUCACGUACAAGAACGGAAAGACGUACUUCUUCAAGGGCACCCAGUACUGGCGCUACCAGGGACGACAGAUGGAUGGUGUUUACCCCAAGGAGAUCAGCGAGGGAUUCACCGGAAUACCCGACCAUCUGGACGCGGCCAUGGUCUGGGGAGGCAAUGGCAAGAUCUACUUCUUCAAGGGCAGCAAGUUCUGGCGCUUCGAUCCCGCCAAGCGGCCGCCCGUCAAGGCCAGCUACCCCAAGCCCAUCUCCAACUGGGAGGGUGUGCCCAACAAUCUGGAUGCGGCGCUCAAGUACACCAAUGGCUACACGUACUUCUUCAAGGGCGACAAGUACUAUCGAUUCCACGAUGCUCGCUUUGCGGUGGACACUGCCACGCCUGCCUUCCCCAGACCGACGGCGCACUGGUGGUUCGGCUGCAAGAACACGCCCUCGUCCACAGGUAAUAUUGUCGAGGGUUCGGACUCUGAGUACGAGCAGCACUCGAUGGUAUCGCAUGCCGAUGAUGGUAAUAGUGAUUUUGAUUUGGACGCAGCAGUUGGCGAUCAUCAGAGCAACGACGAGCCCAUCGAACCGGAAGUGGCCGAGAGGACGGGUUCCGGUGCCAUGUCCAUGUCGCAGCUGACAGGCAGCUCGGCGGUCAACACUGUGAUCUCCACCAUUCUGUUGUGCUUCAUCUCCAAACUGAUUGUUAGCUAAAAGAGAGCCAGGCAGAGCAGGCAGCCAGAGACAUACAUACUUAGGAACAAAACUGAACUCAACUGAAAGCCGAAACAACUCGAGUAAAAUUUCUAAAAUUUUACCGCACGUUGCUUGAAAUUCAUAUGCGCAACAUCAUAUCAUAUCGAGUACAGUGAGAGGAAAAGCUUAUAAAUACCCCCAAGCAAACACACAAAUUUCAAACCAAACAGAAGCGAUCCGAUGCGAUGCGAUCAGCAUGUGAAACAGGUGCCUUAUCAAAUAUAUCUUUGUUGUUGUGUAAAUAAAAUCAGCCUUAAAUAUAUAAUACAAAUAGUUGAUAACAUUCCGCAUUCGAAACGACAAAGCAAAGCAAAGCAAACCAAAACCAAACCAAUCAGGAGUCAUGUCAUAGCAGAAAUUCUUAUUGUCUAGCGUCUACCCCGUUUUUGGUAAUGACAAAUUGCGAUAUUAAAUUUAACGAGCCAUAUGCCAGGAACUAGAUAGAAUGAAAACCAAUCGGAAAAACA